AUGACUCUCCAUUGCAUGAUCUGCUAUGUACCAUUAUUUGAAAAAUCUUUAACACUGUACUAUUAUCCAUAUAAGAUUGGAUUUUAAUCAUUGGAGUAUCUGCACCUGUAGUUUUGGUUGAUGAAAAUUAGAAACGCCAAAUUGUUGGAAGAGAGAAAGAAAAUACAAUGA